ACCUCCGUCACUGCUGGGAAAGUGCUCGGGUUCAGUGCGACAGUUUGCGCCUUCUUCCUUUCACAGGUAUCGGACGAAAUUAUUUAAAAUCAAUUGCAGCCUGCUUACCUAUCGCCUCGCGUUUCCUUGCCGUGGGAUCCGUGUGCAUAACCGCAGAGUACAUCGUGACUUUGGACCAAACGGGGGGACAUAAGAUGGCUGCUGUUGGUGUCUUCUGGUGACUUCGCUGAAUUGACCACGAAAGUCCUCAAGUGCAACUUAUAGUGUGGGGACUACAAAUACAUGGACGAGAGCUACACAUCGUGUCAAGUAGUGCCUUUCGCGUUUUCUUGAACUGUGCUCAUGCAUUUGAGAGGUUCCUGCGCAUUACUUUGCAAGGAAUACGAAGAAAUAGGCUGACGCGACGUCAUAGUCCAACUCGGAUUGCGCAUUGAAUGUCCCUCUUGAGCGGUUCUUCUGACUGAAGCGAUGAAAAGCGUGGAACGCAGGAUUGUGUGUAUUGUUAUCCUGUGUUCGUCCCUGUGGAAAGCGGAGGGCCGGCACAUCCGUCAAAGACAGAGGCUACUCACACCAGACGAAGAAGCUAUGGCACGGCGUUUCUGGCGCUGCUGUCACCACCAGCAUCGAAGCCUGACUUGCUCAGAAAACUCGUGCUACUUCUUCCUGGAAGGAGACAUGACUUGGCGCGAAGCACGAAGACAAUGCCAAGACACUUACGGGCGCUCUGAUCUGUCCUUGUUUAAUAUUCUUGACCAGAACACCGUAACUAAGAUGAUCGCAGCGAAUGCCCCUGAUCAUCCCGAGAAGAAGCGGUACGAGGACUGGAGAGCCUGGGUUGGCUUCAUGAACCCAGGCAUGAUUGCAGGCAACAGCACAGACUUCUUCACUGUAGGGGAGCCCGUAUUUUAUAACGGGAGCUCAGGAUCGCCACAGCAACCAGCGUCAGGAGCUGGGCCCUUCUUCGGCUGGGUACAUUUCCUCCAGAAGGGGCUGGAGUAUGGCCUUGCAGGGCGGAAGGGCCGCGCGCCCGCUGCUUGCAACUUCACCAUUCCAGUUGAUCUGUAUCGUCGCUGCUUCAGUGAUGGCUAUGGCUUCGCGUGUCACAGUGGAGGGAAGGAUACCUGCUCGAGCACUACCUGGAACGGUCGAAGCCUCGGUUCAUCACCCGUCGGUGUCGUGCAGAGGGUCGUUUGCCCGGGAUCACGAUUUGAGGAAUAUUAUGAGUGCUACCCCGAUAAUACCUGGAGAAGACUAAAUGGGUCCUGCUACGAAGAGUGGGCCGCAGACAUUCUGGAUGAUUUGUACGACGAUUCAGGCGACGUUCUGUCGCUGGCGUCGGACAUGUACGAUUACGUUGCUGCAACACGCGAAACCUACAGGAAACGCGAGACCCCUGGCCAAGGACCAAAAGACGUGCCAUUCUCGCUGGGAAAAGUCAUCGACAUCGUCCACAGCAUCGUAGACCUGGGAGACAAGCAGGCCGCCAAUCACACGCCUGUGGAGAGUUUCAACUUCACACAGCACGUGAUUUCCACGCUGAGUUUGAUGGUCGACAGUGAUCAAAACUGGGAAUGGCAGAAUGUUACUAAGGACGAACAGUCGUAUCUCGCCAGUAAAAUCAUUGUAGAAGCUGAGAAGACAGGCCGACUGCUGGCAUGCAGUCAGGUGGACGAUUCAAUGAACAACGCAACCAGAACGCUUAUUCGGCGAGAAAAUAUUGAACUCCAGGUAUUUCCUCUCACGAAGGCGGAGACUGUCGUCUGUUUUCCAUCUUGCGAUUCAGAUGAAUCCAGCUCUAUCCGAAUUAACGGUGAACUGCCAAUGGAAGAUCUUCCAGAAGUAUGCAACAAGCCAGCGUAUGUUGGCGUCGCUCUUCUGUACAGGAAUCUGGGCAAUCGCCUCCUCCGAAGCCGUUACUCGGAGCAAGAAUUACUUGAAGACAGGAAAGAGCACGAUCUGAGCCACGCUGUAGUCAACUCUGAAGUAGCUGGCUUCUCUCUCGGGGCGUUUAACACGUCUAUUCCGUUCGAGGACAAAGUGGUGGUGGUCACGUUGAAGCACAUAAACGCUACCACUAAAAGCCCUACGUGUGCUUUUUGGAAUUUUAGCAAGCUCGGAGGAAUGGGUCAAUGGGACACCAGUGGAUGCGAAGUGGAUGCCGCGACUUCGACUCCUCUACAGACGACGUGCAGAUGCGAUCAUCUCACGAACUUCGCUGUUCUAGUUGAUAUGACGGGCGAAGUGGAAGACACUCCAGUCAUGACAGUACUGACUGUAGUCUGCUGUGUCCUCUCCAUAGUGUGUUUGACCAUUACAAUGGCGUGCCUAAUAUGUGUCAGAGCGUUACGAUGUCGACGGAGCGUUAUCGCGUGCAACGUGAGCUUCUGUCUAAUUGUGUCGAACUUCAUCAUACUCACGGGAUUCAAGAUGACGCAGACUUUUGGUAUUGAAUGUCUUGUCACCCGAAGCGUCCUACUGUACGCCCUGUUAGCGGCCUUCAUGUGGAUGCUUUUGGAAGGUUACCAUCUUUACCGCAUGCUUGUGAUCGUCUUCAACCACAACAGCAUUUCUCUUCGAUGGUUCUACGCAUUCGGCUACGGAAUUCCCGUAGCAAUCACGGCGGCUGCUGCUUGCUUGACACGAAACCGUUUCAGAGAUAACUUCUGCUGGUUCGCUUCGGAAGACAUCUUCUACUUUUGCGGGCCGAUGAUCGCUGUCAUCGUUGUAAACAUAGUUGUCCUGACUGUAGCCCUGUCUACGGCGUCCAGCGUAAAGGUGAAAAAGAAACUACGAAGAUCAGAAAGCAUCGCCACGUGGCUGAAGGGAUCAGCGUCCCUUGUCUUCCUGUUGGGCAUCACGUGGGUGCUUGGUCUUCCGUUAUUAGCAGGAAGGGCGGUUCCUUACAUGGAGUAUGUUUUCACUGUCGUCAACGGAUCACAGGGUGUUACAAUGUUCCUCUUCCACAUUGCGUGCAAUGAGAAAGCGCGUGUUACCAUCCUGAAGGCUCUGCGCAACCACGCUUUCUGUGGAACGCUCGUUCAGAUGAAGAAGGGAGCCCAGAAGCGUGGCUUCAAGGGCUCUCUGAGCUUUGGAAGUCAAUCGUCUACCAAUUCAACGCAGCUGAACAGCGUCCUCUCCGAAACUGCGGACGUGCCGCUGCGGGAAGUUGCCGCUGACACAACCUGUACGCGCUACUCUGAACGUUUCGGCAAGAAGAAAGGGGGUUUAGCUCCCACAGAUCGACACUGAACUGACAGCCUUUACGGUUAAUCGCUUCAGCUUUCGACAGACUUUCUUUUCAAGGGACAUGUGCCCCACGACCCAUGAGACAUAUAUGUACAUGAUCUGCUUGUCUCCCUUCUACGGCUCUGUACGAGGAUAUCUACAGGCAUCUGGUCGCCUCGUACAUCACCAGAUUUAUGUGUACUUGACAGUGUGCAGGAAUGGUGCAGAUGUAUUGGCGGCGUAUAGUUAACAACUUAUUGCUUGUAAACCCAGUACAACAAGUUAUACGUGUGACAGAGAGCGCUAAAUAUUUUUGAUUUGCAACUCAAAUUGGGCUAUAAGACAGAGGACAGAGACGGCUAGGGGAAACGUCUGGUGGGAAAUAAUCCCCGAUUUGUCACGAAACAGAGACCUAUGUUAAAACGGCGAUAAAACCUGAGACAAGGAACAGAAAAUAACACGACACGUUCUCGUGUUGUAACACCCUGCCUCACGUCGUGUCAUGUUUUUAUUUUCUGUUCCUUGUCUCAGGUUUUAUCUUCGUUUUACAAUGUACCAGCUCGCCUGCAUCCUUGCACAUCUACCAGAGAUCUAUGUUCCCGACUGGCUUGCUGCUCAUGAUUGCUACGUAAACGACACGUCGCCGACUUUUAGACCCAGUGUUAUGCGCCUGCAAUGUAGUUUUGCCACCACACUUGACGCGCAAUGUGCAGUUGGUGGCGACAUCGACACAGUGUUGCCCGUAAUUUUCCAUUUUAAACUAUAAGCGCAAUUGGGACGUAAGAGUAGGGCUCAGGCUAUCGAAUAAAUAAGAGCAGCUACUGCUUUAUUAAUUACCUAUAAUGAAUUAUGUAUUGAGGACCUCUUUGUAUUAAUAAUGUAAUAUUCGUAUUGCCCAGAAGGAUAGAGAAUGCAGCAAGCACACUGGCACUCUUGAAGACUGUUCUGUGUCCCCUAGGUUUUAUUAAUCAUAUGAAUGUUAUUGUAGUGCAUGUUUUUAAUUUUAGCAGUGCUCUGCACAGCCAAUUACGUCAGCCAAUUACAAUUUUUUAUCAGAUACGGCCCUAGUACCAUUAAUUACAGACAUCAUUAAUUAGUAAUAUGAGAUUUACACCAUCAGAAACGAGUGAAAAUAAAAACCCUGAAGUCCUUACUGCACGAGAUGACUUGUCGCAACACGAUCCCUAUAUAUAAGCUCUACUAGAAGUCACUCCCUUCACCAAAAUGAAUACAGAGAAGCGUGUCACGAUGAGAAUAAUUAGCACAUUUAUUACACUGUAGCAAAAUAAAUUAGAAAUAUACA